CCAGACUGCUUCACUGCUCUGCUUCAAUGUGCUUACAUAUCUAAAUAAGUUCAGCAUGAAAAAAAACUUUUCCUUUUGUUAGUAAAUCCAUCUUUGGACUCCUCACUGCUUUUACCACUUAAUACACUUCCAACGCGUUUCUGAUGCACACUGUGUCCUUAGUCAUGACACUAAAUUUUCAGAUCUGCAGUGACUAUUAAGUCACUGUGUGCUUGUGUCUCCACAGAUGGAUCCAUGAGGAGAAAUCCACCAGAGAGAUGUCCCCCUCCUCUGUUUUCCCAGGCCUGUCCAGAGGAGAACAUCCCAGAGAAUCCUCAGGAAAUCCCAGUAGGAAUUCUGAAGGAAACUUCAUGUUACCACUAAAUUAUAAUGAAGAUGAAGAUAUCAUGCAGCGCUCUUCAGGAGAAAACCUUAAUGUACAUCCAGGACUUCAAAGUACAGAUCUAUUAUAUAAUCCCCUUAAUCAUCAAGAACCUUUUCCUGACCAAUCACAGAUUGUUACCACAACUAAAGGUCAGAAAGGGGAUAAAGGGUUUCACUGUGUUAAAGAGUUCACAAAAAGCUCAGGCCUUUCUACAGACAGAAGAUUUCACACAAAGGAGAAGCCAUACUCCUGUUCAGAAUGUGGAAAAUGUUUUGCAGAUAAAUCAAAUCUUGUUAGACAUGAGAGAAUUCACAGAGGAGAAAUGCCGUAUUCAUGUUCAGAAUGUGGAAAACGUUUUACAGAAAAAUCUAAUCUUGUUAGACAUGAGAGACGUCACACAGGAGAGAAGCUGUAUUCAUGUUCAGAAUGUGGGAAAUGUUUUUCAGAUACAUCAGGUCUUGUUGCACAUAGGAGAAGUCACACUGGAGAGAAGCCAUAUUCAUGUUCAGAAUGUGGGAAAUGUUUUACAGAUAAAUCAUGUUUUGUUAGACAUGAGAGAAGUCACACAGGAGAGAAACCAUAUUCAUGUUCAGAAUGUGGGAAAUGUUUUACAAGGAAUUCAAAUCUUGUUAAACAUGAGAGAAUUCAUAGAAGAGAGAGGCCAUAUUAAUGUUUAAAAA